AUUAUUCUCUGUAGGUAAAUCUAUAUGUAUUAUGUCUUAUGGGGUUUAUCAUCCAGUCAUCCUGUUAUGUCAUCAGCCGCUCAGUAUCACAAUCACAUCUAUAGGAUCAGGUCUGAAUGACAUCACAUUCAUCUGAGAUCAAGCAGAACCAAGUCUGUAACAAUCCCCUGAACGCUCUGAAAAUCUGGAAAGAAGAAAGAUACAAUGGAUCCCUGCCUGGACCUGUACUAUCCUAACCACGAGGUCAACGCCAGGACACUACUGCUAGACUAUUUUUCUCAACAUGUUCCAUACUCCAUUUUUAAGGAGACUACGGUUAACAUGAUGAGAUGCUUUUAUAAGGUGUUCAGCUCAGGUUUGGUUAGUGGAGAGACCCUCAUUGAUCUCAGCGUCGGCCCCGCUAUAGUUCAUCUCCUUUCAGUUUGUGAGUUCUUGGAAGAAAUAUCAAUUCUAAAAUUCAGUGACGGCGCCAUCAGAGAACUGGAACUGUGGCGUCACAAAGAUCCCGAGGCCUUUGUCUGGACCCACACCUUAAAACUCUUUAUGGAGUUAAAGGAAAUGAGCAGGGAUGGGUGGCAAGAUGCUGAAGAGAUGUUGAGGAGAAAAGUGAAACGCGUUGUGCCAUGUGACUUCAGCAAAGAUAACCCGACCAAUCCUUUUGCGCUGCCAAGAGCCGACUGUGUUACGUGCGUUUGGGGGCUGGAAAUGCUCAGUAGGGAUAAUGAUGAAUUCAGAAUUACUCUAAGAAAAACGUCUAAUCUUAUUAAGCUGGGAGGCCACCUCGUGAUCUAUGCAAAUAUCAAUGCUUCCUAUUUUAUGGUUGGAGAUUGUAAGUACCACCUGCUAAACCUGGACGACAGCUUCUUAAGACAGACUUUAAUCGAUGAAGGUUUCGCUAUUGUGCAUCAUGAGAAUUUGGAAAGAGAAGCUUGUACAGACCGCUUAGACCAUGUACAAAUGUCUUUUGUCGUUGCCCGCAAAGUGAUGGAACCUUAAAGUGUAAGCUCCAUAGACUUACAACUGCCAUGUACUUUUCCUAAUUUUAUCUAGAGAUUGGUGGGGGUCCCAACACUGAUCAAAACGUGUCAACAUGUUACCUCAAAGCCAGGUUUUCUAAGGCACAGACAAAAACUAUCUUGGUUUUUUCAGGUGCGUCAAAAUCCUUUAAAUUACUCGCCAGGAUAUCAUUCACCUGGUAUCAUACACCAGACUGGCUCUAUAAUUUUAACCUUAAAGGGGU